UGUCCAUCAGUGCCAGCUGUCAGUGCUCAUCCAUGCCACCUGCCAGUGCCCAUCAGUGCCACCGAUCAGUGCCAGUCAGUGCCACCUAUCAAUGCCAGUCAGUGCCACCUAUCAGUGCUGCCAAUCAGUGCCACCUAUCAAUGCCAGUCAGUACCAGUGUCGCAUAUCAGUGUGCAUCAGUGACGCAUAUCAGUGCCCGUCAGUGCUGCCUAUCAGUGCUGCCUAUCAGUGCCAGUCAGUGCCGCCUAUCAGUG